AUGGCCGACAUGGCGUCCACUUCCGCCGGCGCGCUCCGUGCACUGGCGAUGGAACUGAAGAAUAUCGAGUCGCAACCUCUCGAGGGCUUCACCAUCUCAGUCAACGACGAAAACUUAUUUGUCUGGACAGUAGGGAUCUAUGGGCCACCCAACACUUUGUACCAAGGAGGGUAUUUUAAAGCCGUGAUACGUUUCCCACCAAACUAUCCUUAUUCUCCGCCGUCAAUGAAGUUCAUUACUAAGGUUUGGCAUCCGAACGUCUAUGAGAACGGGGACCUAUGCAUUAGUAUUCUCCAUCCUCCAGUUGACGAUCCCCAUAGCGGCGAGUUGCCAUGCGAAAGGUGGAAUCCAACACAAAGCGUGAGAACAAUCUUGCUUUCUGUCAUAUCACUUCUCAAUGAACCGAAUACUUCUUCACCGGCAAAUGUCGACGCUUCUAUUAUGUAUCGAAAAUGGAAAGAUGGUACGGACAUGAACUAUGCGGAUAUUAUCAGGAAACAAGUUGAGCAGUCGAAAGAGGAAGCGCGGAAAGAUGGUGUUACUGUUCCCGAGACCCUAGAGGAGUACUGUAUAAAGUUUCACCCUCACUGUUGUGACGAUCAGACUAUGGACAUGCUUGAUCUAGAUGAAGAUAUGUAUGACUAUGGUGAUGACGAAAGCGACGAUGAGAAUGACUAUGCCGAGGAGGAUGAGGACAGUGGACAGGGCGAGAACUAA